CCAAGGUGGACAGCGUGGCAACCUAGUCGCUGCAAUCAAAGAACCAAGCUUGGCCUCCAGCCCCCAACUAACAGUACAUAACGAUGUGGCUACGUACCUAAGUUUUUCACAAGUUUUCCCACUUAAUGAUUGGGAAGUUCCUUUAAUCGCAAAUUUUAUGAGAACUCUGGACUUCAUAGUUGACAAAAAUUUUGUAUACCUAUCAGUCUCCAUGGAAUGAUUGAUUGUUAUACAGAGAAAUAAAUUUCGUCAGAAUGAGUUCCAACAAGAGAGUAUCUUACUUUUAUAAUCCAGACGUGGGCAAUUUCCACUAUGGCCCUGGACACCCUAUGAAGCCUCACAGACUUUCAGUCAUUCACAGUCUCGUGCUUGAAUACGAUCUACACAAAAAAAUGCAGAUUUACAGACCUUACAGGGCCAGCACACACGAUAUGUGUCGUUUUCAUUCCGAGGACUAUGUAGACUUUUUGCAAAGGGUCACGCCGCAAAAUCUACAAAAUUAUACAAAAUUUCUCUCCAAUUUUAACGUGGGUGAUGACUGUCCAGUUUUUGAAGGUCUUUUCGACUUUUGCUCCAUGUACACAGGAGCAUCCUUAGAAGGUGCCACCAAAUUGAACACAAAGAGCUGUGAUAUAGCCAUUAAUUGGAGCGGAGGACUGCAUCACGCAAAAAAAUUUGAGGCUUCGGGUUUUUGUUACAUCAAUGACAUAGUGAUUGCCAUUCUCGAGCUACUGAAGUACCAUGCUCGUGUCCUUUACAUCGAUAUCGACGUACACCACGGGGACGGCGUCCAAGAGGCUUUUUACCUUACGGAUCGUGUGAUGACUGUGUCUUUCCACAAGUACGGCAACUAUUUUUUUCCAGGCACUGGCGAUAUGUAUGAGAUCGGAGCUGAGAGUGGACGCUACUACUCGGUGAACGUACCUCUAAAAGAAGGCAUCGAUGAUGCCUCCUACAUCCAAGUAUUUAAGCCCGUGAUUAACCACGUCAUAGAGUUCUUUCGACCCACAGCUAUAGUGCUACAGUGCGGUGCAGAUUCCUUAGCCAACGACCGGCUGGGUUGCUUCAGCCUCAGCACCAAAGGUCAUGGCGAGUGUGUGCGUUUCGUUCGGGAUCUCAACGUGCCGUUACUGACCGUUGGAGGUGGCGGCUACACACUACGUAACGUUGCGCGAUGUUGGACAUACGAGACCUCGUUGCUCGUGGAUGAACAAAUCAGUAAUGAACUUCCCCUUACCGAGUACAUCGAGUACUUUGGACCAGACUUUGUGCUACACCCGGAAGUCGUUACAAGACAGGACAAUGCCAACAGCAAGCAGUAUCUUGAGGCUAUAACGCGACAUGUCUAUGAUAAUCUAAAGAUGCUGCAACACUCGCCCAGCGUUCAGAUGCAGGAUGUGCCCUGUGAUUUGCUGCUACCUGUAGAUGAGAGACAACCAGAGCCUGAUCCUGAUUCUAGGACAAACACGCAGGACCUCGAUAAAAUUGUCGAACCAGCAAACGAAUAUUACUCGGGAGAAAAGGAUCAGGACAAAAUGGAUACCACGGACUCGUGAUUUCGUGGAAUUUGGUAACGAAAAACGAAAAACAUCCGUCUCGAAGUUUUAUUUAAUGUUUACUCAGUACU